ACCAAUAUAACCAGAUGUGACAGAUUUUGCUCUUUGGUGUUAGUUCAAAAGCGAAUGACUGUAUCCUAACAGUCGAUUACUACAAGCUUCGGAAUGUCGUAGUGCAGCUGAAAGGGGGUUUCACUCAAAGUUCGUGAAGAGGCUAUGAAAUCGAUGACGUUGCUUUCGGCGCUUUCUUCACUGUGCAGGGGGCAGAGCAUAUUUUUUUAGCAAAGUUGUCUUGGCUUUUAGUAGUGUAGGGCAGCCGCGUAAAAGGUGUGUCUCUCGGCCAUUACUUAUCGGAGUCAUGUUCCCAAUUCUCCAUUCACAAGAUAGUUAUUGGUUCUGCUGAACGAUACUUUAGGCUAUGAUUGAUGAUCUCAACCACAUACUUCAACUCGCCGCCGUAAUUAUGAUUAGAAAUGCCAAGAUUGCGAUAAUUCCUACAACUUUGUACUAAUGUUCAGCUUUUACUUCACCUUUCAGUGAACAAUAAUAGGAGCUGGACCUUUGGAUAGCACUUCCAAAACUAUAUGCGGACAAGCCUUGAUCGAAACUCGUAUGAUAGUCCGCGGUGAUGCCGCCUGAUCGUUUUUCAAACAGUAUUUAAAUUCCAUUUUACAAUUAGCAUCUUACGGAAACCAAUUGGGAAGAGUAGUCGCAACAAGAGUUCUCCUCACGCGCAUUUUUUCGCUGCGUCGAACAGUUAAAAAAUUUCGGCAUAGCCCACAACUGUUUCAAAUUUCGAGCGGACAAACUAACUGCUUAGGCUAGCACAAGAUGGCGCUACUGCGCAAAAACUUCAAGGAUGCAUUCCGUUCUUUUACUCGUUGAGUACGUCCACGCGCUCGUAUGUAGCGUCCACCCAAGAUGGCGAGCUUUGUGGAUUUCUUCCACAAGGGAAAGUCAUCGGUGCAGACGUUCCGGCCAAAGAAGAAGUUUGAGCCGGGCACAAUGCGAUACUCGCUGCACAAGCAGGCCCAGGCGUCUCUCAACUCGGGCAUCAAUCUGCGUGAUGCGGUGCGGCUGCCGCCCAGGGAGGACAUGAACGACUGGCUGGCGGUGCAUGUGGUGGACUUCUUCAACAGGAUAAACCUCAUCUAUGGCACCAUUUCUGACUACUGCACUGAGGAGAGCUGUCCCAGAAUGUCAGGGGGCCCAAAGUUCGAGUACCUCUGGUGCGAUGGUCAAAAGUACAAGAAGCCUACCCCGCUGCCAGCGCCGCAGUAUAUUUCGCACCUCAUGGACUGGGUGGAAGCACAGAUCAACAACGAGGAAAUCUUCCCCGUCACUUGUAAUGUCCCAUUUCCCAGGAACUUCGUGCCUACGUGCAAGAAGAUCUUGGCUAGGCUGUUUCGGGUCUUUGUGCACGUCUACAUCCACCAUUUCGACAGGCUUGUCGCCAUAGGAGCGGAGGCCCACGUCAACACAUGCUACAAGCACUUCUAUUACUUCAUCACUGAAUUUGACCUAGUAAGCCAAAAGGAGCUAGAACCCUUGACGGAGAUGACGAGGAAAGUCUGCAAAGACAUGGUAAUUCUGAGCCCCCGUCACAGAUGAAAAGCGAGAGAGACGGCACCAUGCACGGCCGCCGUUUUACCUCUCUUUGUGAUGUCUGCAAUUUGCUGUGCUCCCCCCGCCUUCGUCCGUCAACAACUCGUUACGUCCACUGGUUAACGCAACAUAGAUGUCACCGUAGUUACCGGUACUAUACCACCGACCUUAACGGAACGGGAACCUCUUCUAGUCUUGCUGGCACGGACACUGCUGGUGAAAAUUCGCACAAGCUAGAGUAUUUUUUUUUUUCUUUCACUAGCACUUCUUCCAAAAGAAAAAGUGCUUUCUUUCUUCUCAUUUCGCUGCAUGCUUUUUCAUCCCUUAUUGACAAUGUUUUAGACACCUUGACCUCCUGUGUACAGCACCCGAAGGCCUUGUGUAAAUAGCUUGAUUUUAUUUCUUUACUUUUCUUUUUCUUCCUGCAAAAGGUUUUUCUUUUUCUAAGCAAUUCGUAGUAUUGAUUAAUAGUUGGCAUGUGAACGAGACAUCUGAGGCAGCAAUGUCCAUUCAGGAAUGAAAUGAAAUGGAGGUUUUUGUGAAUAUAGACGCUCAUAAUUUUUAUAGAAUGGAGUUUAGAUGACUUUGACUUGCAGAACGUAUAGUCUAUAAACAUUAGAGAUGCUCUAUAUAAAAAUAAUUACGUUUAUUUACAUCUUUUAAUAUGUAAGUCAUGUCUUACAUGGAGUCUCCAUAUAUUAAUGUCUCAAAAGACCACAACUAGACGGCUCCUCGUAGCUGUGGGUUGCAUGGCUACCCUGGAAUUGCAAUGUUACAAUUGUUCUUCUGAACUCGAAUUGCUCGAAGCCUUUGUACGAGAACUUGCAUGCAGAAUAAUUGUCCGUGUCAAGGCGACUGUUUUAUUCAUCAUUUGCCUCUUUGCAUUGCAAAACUUGAAAAAGCAAGUGGCAAAAUUUGGGGUAGACACUUGCCUUUUGACUUGUGCUGCCUUGUAGAGCUGUAACUGUCUACUGUGACAAAACUGCAUUUUGCAUGAAAAUGCUCGCUGCCACAAAUUGCAGUGCUUGCGCGACAGUGCAUUACAUGCACCAUUUUGUUUCUCAGAUUCACGCAUGGCACGUGAGCAGCUCAAUCUUUUUCGACGUAUGCACAGUAGCUGAGAAGAUAGACUAUAUUUUGUUGUUUAUAUACUGCACAUUUGGCUUGUUUUGCAAGUGGACAGGGAGCUAAAACAAACGUAAGCAGGCAGCAAGACAUACAUGCUUGGGGCAGGAAACUGUUCAUUUGCUGUUUACUGUUAUUCAUCGUAUAAAAAUGCGUCGUGAUGACUCACUUGCAGUAUUUCCAAGGGCACAGAAUGCAAAAACACUCGUGUACUGGUACCUUGGUGCCCAUUAAAAAGAGCUUCAGGUGGUAAAAAAUUAGACCUAAACCCUCUGCUGCGGCAUCUCUCUCCCAUAUUCCCAGUGUUGCUUUGGGAUAUUAAACCUCAUUAGUUCCAAAAAGCAAGAAUAAAACAGGCCUUAAAUAUGCUAAGAUAUAACACAUAUAUAUACACAGUGGAAUCUUGCUGAUACGAUUCUGCAUAAUACAUUUUUCGGGAUAAUAUGUUUUAUUUUCCAGUUCCCGUGAAGAUUGUAUCAACGAGAUUCCACUGUAUAUCAGAACAUUCAUUUCGCAUGUACUAUCGUGUACAAAUGAGACGUGAAUAAGCUAUGGCUAACCAGAACUCAUUCUUUGGUUUUCACUUUCCAUGCUUCUGUGAUGGUCAGCAUUCUUUCCGCUUGUGCACCUAGCUUCAGGGCCGGUGCCCUUAUUGCUGAAUGGACCCUUAGCAGCGCGAAAUUGCAUGCACCCUUAGGUUAGCGCUCGUGAAGGCUGUUCUUCUUGAUAGUUUCCACUUUGUUCGCUCACGAUAGUACUGUGGUAUUUCUUUUCUGCGAGCCAGGGCACGCUUGUCUUUCCUGUGCAUGAAGAGCUGCAGACUGCAGUGUGAGGCAUUAUUUUCUCCUUGUCUUUAUGGCAUGCUUCAUUUGCUGACUUCUGUGCACUGUCGUGUUCUUUUUACGUCGGCAGGUGCACUUUUUUUAUUUUCCAAUAUACCUUUCCCUAGGGCAUUCUGGACUCUUUGUCUUUUCUUAAAGGGUUCCUGAAACACUUGUUGUUCUUGAAACUGAAUGCGGGAAUGAAUGCAAUUUCUUUCAGUAAGUAUAUUCCCAAAGAUAUUUUUGAAAAGGACCUAAUAUGAAUGGAAGUAUAAUGAAUGCAAAGUUGGCUUUCCCCGUUCCCCCUCAACUCAUUGGUUCUUCUCAGCUGGGCAGUGCCAAUGGCAUUUCUCUGCCUAUCGCUCCUUUUUUUUUCUUUUCUCUAUGCAGUGCACUUACGGGCAAUCCUUCGAGGCUGGCAUCUGACAAUGGUACUCCAACAAAGCAACAGUCUCAGAACAGUCAGGACACAUUAACCCUUUAACUACCAAGUUCUUUCUUAAAGAUAGUGUGCAAACUUUACAGUGUUUCUUUAUUCUGGCAAGUCAUUGCACAUUAUAUCCUGUUUCGAUAAAGAUAUUAUGCGUGCGGUUUAUCUCCUAUAUUGAUCCGAAAUAUAAGCGAAGGACAUCUGCUCCAAAAGAGAGACUUUCCCUCAGCACGUGUAGAAUGGUUCGAGCGUAAUUACCUGGGCAGAUCAUAAUGAAAAGAAUCAAUGCGUCCAAGAUUAUGUCCAAGUGCUAAAACCAAAACGCUGCAACGCAAUUUUAGUUAACGAGUGUGGCUCGUCUCUGGCAAGCGAUGCAGAAGCAGCUGUGUCCCGGACAGGUACGGCUCAUCGUUGGCAAUAUUGGUAGGAACAGCUAGGACAAGCUUGGUAGUUCAAAGGUUAUUAAUCACGACUUCCCCUUAUUCGUAGAAAAUCUGGAAGCAUGUGCAUGCACAUGGCCGAUAGCUGAUAUACCGAUGCAUGGGCUUUUGCGCUUCAUGGAACAUUAUCACUGGCAUGGCUAAGGGUGGGGGAAAAAAAUGAGCGAGGACCCCAAAAGCUGCAGGACAGAGCAAACAAUAUGUUAUGCUGGAUUGUAGCUUUAGUGCCCAUGCAAAGGCAUAAUGUUUGGUUCACAUAGUCUCAUCAGCAUUGUCUACAGAUCAGGAAUGUUUUCUUACUGAGUUAAAGAAGUGUCUCAAUGCCCCUUUAAAAAGAUUGUUUGGCCAUGUGUGCACAGUAACCUCAUGUAAAUAGUUGUUUCCUGUAGAUCUAAAUUGACCUACAAAAGCAAUGUAGUUGGAAGCGUUACUUAGUGCACAACUAAUGGAAAAUGCCAUAUGCGUUUUUGUAAUCCCUACCUGUAACAUCUAGGUGUCCCUUAACACUUCACACCUCCCCUUUAGUUAAUCUUUUACACAUUCAUGAGCACAUAAAUUCCUUUAAGCUGAUUGCAUAGUAUGCUUCAUUCUUGCAUAAUACAAGUGCACAUGGGACGUUGAGCCACCUAUGAUGUCAAUGUGCUGGCCAAGGCAAGUAUUUUGUAGCGAUGCCUUUCCAAUGCUAAUGCCUUUUUGCGCUUGGUCAGUGGUCAGAGUGACGGUCCUCUCACGUUAUCAACGGGAUCAGCCGGCGGUGAGCGGUGAAUGAUAAGACUAGUAUAGAAUCAAGCAUAACGCAUUGCUACAAAAUACCGGUAAAAGCCUAGUGGUUUCAAGUUAAACACCCAAAGAACUGUGCAAUUAGUCAAUGCCUGAAAAAGUAUGUCAACUUCAUUUUUUAGAUUUAGGCAAACAUUAUCCUCUCCAAGUCAUUGAACACUAAUGGUAUUGCCAGAUAGUCGUUUGAGGAGCAGGUCAAGAGCAUAUGGCAUUAAGCAUUCGGGUUGGGAGGUGGUUGUAAAAGAAUCGUUAAAACUUUCUUACAUCCAACCUAUUUUUAUUUUAUAUCCCGUUUCCAAGUUAGGUGCCACAAUUCUCUUACAUGGCUGCAUAUCUCUCUUUUCAUCUUCUUAUGAGUAAAAUAUAGAUGCAUGUUGAGAUUGUACGCUUGUGAUCUCUUUUGGCUAAUGCCCCUGAAAUUGUGGUUAUCGAUAAUAUGCAGCCUAGUGUACUGUGCCAAAGCAAAAAGAAAAGAAAGAACACUGAAAAACAAUAACUAGCCUGCCUGCUUCUGCUUUGGGCAGAUUUCAGAGAAUACAAGAUCGCCGACUAUCAGCAGUAUCAAUCACUUUGGCCGGAGAGCCAAGUGUACAAUAUCUAAUGUGUUAUUCAGAAGGUAGAGGCUAGUCAGGCGUACCCUAGUACGGUGUUUGUCAAAAGAAAUAGAGCUUGAUAAAGCUUGGCUAAAACUAUCAGAUGUAAAACAUCUAAGGAAUAGGUUGGGGCAGUAGGGUGAUAUCCUGAACUCUGUUUGAUUUUAGGCAAAGAAAGUAUAAUUAAGAUUAUUGAGAACUUACUGUGAAGUUGCAUUCCUUUCAAAACAGGUUUGUUGUGGCCACAUUCCUUUCCUAUUGGAUGUAAUGUGAGGGCGCUAAAUGCUGUAUGUUCAUGACUAUUGCAGAUGUGUUGUGACUAUCUUCUUAACUUCACUGUUUUCCCUCCUUGCUGAUUUUCUUAUCCCUUUCAUGACUAUUCACGUCUUUCUUCUGCUACCGAAGCAAGGUCACCGUGUGACAGCUCGCACAAAUGCUUUAUCGAUGCUAGUGCAUGCUUUGUUGCAAUGCUUUAAGUUCUAAUGAAAUUCGCUUCAAAAGCAUGUUUGGUUUAUGUAUGCUUGCACAAUGCUUAACUGCAUAAAUUGGUUCGCGUUAGCUGAAAGCACUUUGUUGGAAAGCAUGCUUUAUGUUGCAGUGCCCGAAUGUAAUUUGCUUCAAAAGCAUGUUUGGUUUUAUUAUGUUUGCACAAUGCUGAGCUACAUGAAUUAGUUAGUGUUAGCUGAAAGCACUUUGUUAGAAAGAAUUAUGCGACUUGCUGCAAUUUUUUGUAUAAAUGUACAUUUCAGAAACUUAACAUAUGAUGCACAAUGAUGUGAACCGUGUCUUUCUUGUGAUUAUAAAAGUGGUGCUGUUGUGGUCUCAAGUUGGCGCACUUCUAAUGGUUGUAAAUAGUGUAUGUUUUAAACAGAGGUCACAUUGUUUUGCGCGGUGAGCUAUGUGUGGAACGUUGGCAAGUGGUGUCACUGAAUCAUGAUAACUUGUUAAGGGUUUGGCAGAAUUUGAAGAAACGAAACCGUUUACAUCGUUUUAUGACUGCACAAUGCCAUGAUGAUGGUAUCGCAAGUGUCACUCUAAUAAGCUUUGGUUUUGAGUAAUGUGUUCGUGGUAGCCAAAGGGCACAUGUGUAUAGCACGCAUACUAGAUGAAAUUUCAACCUCUCAACGAUUUGUGGUCACGUCAGUUCAACCCAAAUCAGUAUAGACAUUUACGUUUGCCAUUUUUGACUCACAGUGAACACAUUUCUUGCUGCCAUCUUCGUUGUUUAUGGUGAAGUCUUCCUGUAAAAUGUUUAACUUGAAACAUUGUGCACACUUGCAGUUAUUGUAUUGUGAUUGUACAGUGUGGCCAGUGCUUCUAUAUCUAAAUAAUAUAAUAGAAGUAUGGCCAAGAAAGUAGACAAUGAGAGCAGUGACAAGUGUGAUUGCUAAAUUUAUGCUCUGAACUUGUAAUUAACAGGCCCCAGGUGUUAGAGCAGAUGUUCACUUAUUCAUUUCCUUUCUUGAUUGGAACUCAAGUAGUAGUUAGGUAUGACCUGUGACGAAAUCUACUGUGUGGUGCGUGUUUCUGGUAUAUGAUGAUGAUGAUGUAUAGUGUUUACUGGCACUAGGGCCAGGUAUGGCCAAAGAGCGCCAAGAAACCUGGUAUAUGCUGAAAUAUAUUACAAGUGCCAUUAUAUUUUGUCACCUUUUGCACAUUUUGUGAGCUGAUUGAAUGGCUACUGCUUGGCUCUCGGAUGUGUCUGCAUGAAUAGUCGUCAGUUUGCUGCCAUAAAUAGGGAGUGUUUGAAAUAUAUUUUAUAUGCAGGAAAUGGAAUCGAAUUUUUAUGCUGACUUGUGACCGAGUAGUUUUAGCAGACUAGCUGAUUGAAAGCUGGCUUUGGGGCAGUCAAAUGCUGAGAGUGGUUGCGUUUGUUCGUUUGUUCUUUCACUGAAAUUGAGAGUAUGUGCAGUUGGUGAGUGCAUGGUAAGUUUUUAACCAGAAUAAGCUUACCAGGAACUUGGUUGAUGAUUUGUUUAGAGUACUGGCAACCCUGAUGUUGAUUUGGUUACAUUGGCUAUUAUUGUAGUAUUGAUGACAUCUGGGGCUGCCUUUUAAAUGUUACUGGACAAGUUUGAAACUGUCAUCGUGCUUGUGUGGCUACUGUGGAAAUUGUUGUUCAGGAUUGUUGACAUUGUGACGAUGUGAAGAAAUUUCUGUUUAAUGUCCGUCAGGGUUUUCCGACAUCGAAAAAGUGUCGAAAGCAAGCAUUUAUAAAUGCAGGAAUGAGCUCAUUGACGAGCUCAGUGCGUUUUAUGAAGUUUAUGUGGUUGUGCAGCGAUCGCCUAAAUGAGCUUGUGUUGGAUGCAUACUUUGUGAGAUGUGGUGUGCUCUCAUCGAUGAUUGUGCUUCUCUUAAAGUUCCUUCAAGUGCCACCACAGUUACAAGUGUACUGUUGAAAUGGUGUGAAACGCAGAUGCCUGAAUGUUCCACAAGCAUUUUUCUGUACACACUAAUGUAGUUUGCAAUGCCGCAGUCAUGUGUGACCAUUUGUCGGAAAUUUGCUGGGCAUUUUCCUUGACUACUAAGUGUGAAUCACACAAUUUGCUCACAUGGUUAAGUGUGGAUGUUUUUCAUCUUAAAGAUUGGCUCUGGCCCUUGUGCCAACUGUUGUCACUGGAUGAUGGGUUGUACACUUUAUUUGCUCCUUUAGGAUAUUAGCACAAUGCGACCUUUAUUUUUUAUUAUUAAUCUAUCUAGCACAAAGAGUUAAGCCACUGUAAUCUCCAUAUUGUGCCAUCAUUGGACCGAUGUUGCCAACGUAUGUCUAACAUUGAGUCUGCAUUGGCCUCGCAUGUUGUGCUACUUGGGUUAUAAUUAUCAGUGUUUGUCAGGAAAAUGUUUAUUAUUUUGUGAGUUUGGCAUUGGUAUAUUUUAGAAUGAGAAAGCUAGACUUUUAUACUCUACGAAUCAGAGCAGUGAAAUGCGCAUAAAAAGCUUUUUUCUUGUUUGUCCUUUUUGUCACUUGCAACUUGCUGUCAAAACGAUGUUUCGUGCUUCUCUUCUGGUUGGUGAAGUGUGAGGUCAGACAUUCAUGCCCUCAUUUGUCCUGUGUUCUUUCUAAUCCACCUUUGCAAACCACUUUCAUCUUGCAUAGCUUUUGCUGCAAGACACCCCAUUGCUUUUUUUAAUGAGUUGUUCCGCAUCAUAUUCCCUGUGCACUUACUGGCUACCAACCACGGCAGGAAAUUUAAAGGGACACUAAAGAUAACAGUAAAUUGAGCUGCAUCAGUAUAAUACCCUUCUGCGAUAUCAAAAAAAGCCAAUCUUGCUGCGACAGGAGGCCUGAGUAAAUCGGAAAAGACGCAAAAAUGAUUGAAGGUUGCGAAGCCACCUAAAAUUUCCCACACUAGCUUGCCAUAACGUCAUGGAUUUUGACACCUUCUGCUUGGGCCUGGUUAAUUUUCUAUCGGUAAAGAUGUACCUCAUAUUCUAAUGGAGCCAAAGGUCCAACUUGGCAAGUUUCGGCAACUGUUGUUAUGCCACAAUGGGGACCCAAAUACAGGAAAGUACAUUGACGUUCGUGACGGCACGCUGACGUACUGACACUGGGGUUUCGGCGCCAAAUUAGAAAAAUAGAAGUUUGCCCUUUAUUUUCACUUUAAUCAAUCAACUUGUUAGCACAAAAUUAAUAAAAAUAGGCUUUGGAAAUAUGUUACCAGCCAAAACUGGUUUAGUGUUUCUCUAUAGUGUCCCUUUAAAAGCAGAGAUUAAGAAAGAUGUGCCAGUCUUUUUUUUUUUAUGCCAUGCUUUCUCUGUUCAUAUGUCACACCGUGCUUUACUAAAAUGUAUAUUUAUUUUAUAUAUGUGCACAGUUGUCGCUCUCACACAGAUGCAUACAGCAGUGUUACAUGUGAUGCAUGUGUAUUACAUGCCAUGUUAACAGUGAUGAUGCUUCUUAUUUUCAUUUACAUGAGCUUCAUUUGCAUGAGCAGAGCCCUACUUAAGUAGGGGGCGCACAGCCAGUGGCAGUCGAAAUCAACCCUGCAGCUGACCGAUAACCAGCUUUUACGACUUCAUGUGGAUCGAAUGGUUAAAUGUCAACAUGCUUUGGGUUUGGUACAAAAUGUGAAAAAAAAAGAAAGCUUUCCGUGUGGCUCUUGUGAUCAAGAAGCGCUUCGUCCUCUGUUUAAAUAAAAUAAAAUUUGAAGCACUAA